CAAUCAUCCUCACCUCUCCACACCGGGCAACGAGGAUGCUCACUCUCAAUCGCUUCGAUGCCACAGCGGCGCCGAACGGGUCUGGAGAAUCAUCAGCACCAGCUGCGUCAUCAUCAUCAUCAUCAUCAUCAUCACGUCUCGCCGCUCUAGCGCAACGCAAGCGCAAACGCGAUACGCAGGAUGGCUCCGACCCUUCACCCUCCUCCUCCGCCCCUGCCACUGCGGCUGGCUCAUCUUCAGAUACCUUUCUUUCAGCACCAGCCAACCAGCCAUCAGCCAUGCCCUCGAUACAUCCCUCCCGUCUCGCGCAAGCACCUAUCCUUGCCCGCUCAGUCAAAAAGGCAGCACAAGCCGCCGGUGUAGCGAGAGAAAAGACGAAAGCCAAGCAGAGAUAUCUCAAGAAGAAGAAAUUGAGGAGAAAGGCAAAACAGAAGGCGACUGGGGUGGGAGGAGGCAAGAAGGAGGCCAAAGUUGCCGCGCGUGAGGACGAGAAGGAGGAGAGUAGCGAUAAUGAUUCUUCGAGCGAGGAGGAUGAGGCUGCGCCGGCUACAGUUGUCCCCACCCAGAUGGAGCCUAUUGUCAAGGAGGUGGUACCAGCCGCAGAGGCAGCCGCUUCAUCAUCCUCUUCAUCCUCGUCGUCCUCGUCCUCGGACUCGGAUUCGGGCUCAGACUCAGACUCGAGCGCGAGCUCAAGCUCCUCCGAGGAAGAAACCCCUGCAGACCAGACCUCACGCGACGUCGAUGCCGGUCUGCAAUUCCUCGCUCCACUCACCCGAAACCCAGAGACAAACGUCGAUAGCGCCGAAGCUCUACAAGCCCUCGCCGUCCAAGGUCUACCCCGCGGAAUGGUCCAGCCUCAGAUCGUCGGGGCCAGCACGACCAGCGCAGUCGAGGCCCAAGACGACUCCUCAUCCUCACUCCUGCGCUCCCUAGGCGCACACCUGGACAGCGCCAUGGUAACCCGCCUUGCCUCGCUCGGCGUCACCUCCUGGUUUGCAGUGCAGACGGCGGUCAUCCCACACCUGCUCUCUACGCCCGCCCUCCCCUCACCAUUCUCCCCACCGAGAGACUUGUGCGUCUCCGCCCCAACAGGAUCGGGGAAAACGCUCGCCUACUCAAUACCCAUCAUUUCCCACUUGAAGUCUCGAGUGGUUACAAGGCUACGCGCAGUCAUCGUUCUACCAACGCGAGAUCUCGUCCUGCAAGUGCGUGAGACUCUCGAAGCUUUGGCAAAGGGCACUGGCCUACAGGUGGGAAGCGUCACUGGUGCUCAGAGCUUUUCAUCUGAGCAGGCCCUCGUGGGAAGGGAGGAUAAGUUGGACAUUCUGAUCAGCACGCCCGGUCGACUUAUCGACCACCUAGACGAGACCGAGGGUUUCACACUGCGUCAUCUUCGCUUCCUAGUGAUUGACGAGGCCGAUCGUCUACUCGGGCAAAGCUUCCAUAAUUGGGCGCAAAGGCUGAGAGAGAGUAUUGAGGGCCACCUGACCGGUGAAGACGAGGACAUCGUCUACCCACAAGCAUAUGACCCGAUCGCGCCACAGAGCGUGGUACAGAAGCUCCUAUUCUCUGCUACGCUGACUCGCGAGCCAGGCAAACUGGCCGAGCUUGGCCUUCGCGACCCGGUCUUCAUUGACGUAAGGGACGACGCGCAGGCCGAGAAGGAGCAACGUGAGAAUUCAACUGCAGCUACGACGACGACGUUGCCGGCUCGCUUCUCCCUCCCCGCCUCCCUGCGCGAAAACAUGAUAGUCGUCACGACGGCUCUUAAGCCGCUCUACCUCCUUCACCUGCUCCUCCAUCAACACCCAGAGCCUAUGCGCAAGACGCUCAUUUUCACCAAAUCCGUCGACUCGGCGCAUCGUUUAGUCCGUCUCCUUACGCUCUUUGGCACUGGUGGUUCCCUCAAAGUCGCAAACUAUACUUCGGAUCUACCCCCGGCUCGUCGUCGAGAGCUUCUCAGCUCCUUCAAGUCCGGUCAAGUGGACGUGCUGGUCGCUUCUGACCUCAUCUCCCGCGGUAUCGAUGUCCCCAAUGUGGAGCACGUCGUUUCCUAUGACGUACCGGUGGAUGCGGCCAAGUAUGUUCAUCGCGUAGGUAGGACUGCGCGUGCGAAUAGGGAGGGGCAUGCGUGGAGCUUGGUGGAAGAGCAGGAAGCCCGCCAUUUCAAGGGACUGUUGAGGGAUGAGCUCAAGAGGCUGGAGAGGGUCAAGAGGGUAAGGAUCACGGAGAAGCAGCUGGAGCCCUUGAGGGAAAGGUACGAUGCGGCGCUCGAGGCGCUGGUGAGAGAGCAGAGGGAGGCCGGGGCGAAUAGGGCAGCGAGAUGAGAUGUGGCGUGGGGCAAUGUAUCAUUAUUUGCAAUCGUGGAUGAGGCAGGAAGUGAUGUGAUGUGAUGUGAUG